AGGAAUACCAUUCAGAACAGCCCUACGAGAGAGACUAAAGAUCAUUGAUGUUUCAAAUGACCAGGUGGGUGGAAAUUUGAGUCACACUGUAGCCACAACAUAAAAAGGGGGUUGUUGCAAUUUUGCAGAUAUAACAAGCUUGAACCUAUUCGCCCCUGAAUCACCUGUAACCACCUGUGCAGAUCUAUAUCCCUUCUAUUGCUUGUGAGGUCAUCAGUUUUAACAGUCAACGACAACUUUGUCAUCAAACUUGUGCAGUCAGGGAAGAGAUCUUUCAGACCAAUACCAGAAUCAGCCCAAUUCAGUCAAGAAGGCUGGAGAAAAAGGCAAAAAGCUAUGUAAAGUCAACCCCCAAAAAUGUGGUGAAAGUGUUGUUUCACUACCCACUCACACUUCCUUUCAACUACAGUUGUAAUUUUCACCAAAAAAAAUCAGGGCAUGAAAGCAAAAGAAAAGGGGAGGAGAGUAAGCAAAAAUUCAUAGUCAAGACUGCUGUGUCAAUUCUCAACCCAAAAACUUUCUCGAAAUUUUGGUUUCUGUGCUUGCCUCAACUUCGGACGCUGAUAAGAUGUAUCUAGACAAAAGGCUGCAAAAAUAGCUUUGUGGUAAGUUUUAGCUCUUAAUAGCCUGGCAGUGACCAGAAAGUGGCCUUGCUACAUGUAGCUUCAAAACACUUGGGGAUGAAUGUGUUAAUGUUCAUUAGAAGACUUGGAAUAGACAGUGAACUGUAUGGUAGCAAAUUUUGACUCUUUUACCCCCUCCCUGAAACAAUAUGAAAGAUUUAUUGCUGCAGAAAUUUUUACCAUUGAAAGAAAAGGGGGUUGCAGGGGGGGUAUUGUUGGUGCCUUUCAUCAUUCACAAAGUUGGUGAUUUACAGUAUUUUCUGUAGGUCACAGAAUGUUAUGUUAUAUUUGAAAGUGACGUGAUUUCAAAACAUGUAGAAAAACAAUAGUGAACCAUUACGUAUACAUUGCAUGCAUAUUCCUUCCUAAACCUUACCAGUUCAGCGGAUUACACUCAUGAUAUUGAGCACUUUAUCGUUCCUUGUGUUCCUUAUUUAUAUGUUUUUUUUCCUUAGCUUGAAAGUUUUAUUGAACAAAAUCCUCUUCGACUGACGUCUGGUAUAAGGUAAGCUGUUAAACCUGCUGUCCAUUCAUUAUUACUAGGAUUGCGAGUAUGGCUAUGUUGUACAUGUAGUUAAUUUUUUAUCUCAGUAAAUUAUUUUCCUAUUGUUUUUGGGUAUGCUAUUGAAUGCUAAUGAAUUUGAAACAAAGGCAAUAUAAAAAUUAACUGAAAUAUAAAAUAAACUGCAACAGCUACUAGCUUACCCUGCGAGCGUACGUUAGCCUCUGCUGACAACCGUUCAAAUCCGUCCAAAAAUCUGGAUGAAUAAAUAAAAAAAACUGGUUUUUCCUUUUUUUAGUUCUGUGUUUUACGUGUAUUGUAAUGAACAUCUUCCUCACCUUGUUUAUGUUCCCUGACGUAUGUAAACUUCCGGCAAACUAUUCUAACACUACUUUUACAUUUUUGUAGGGAACUAGUGAAAACACUCCAUGAUCGAGGCACUGCAGUUUAUCUUGUAUCUGGUGGGUUUAAACGAAUUAUUCAAGGAGCAGCUAAAGAACUUGAUAUAUGCAAUGAAAACAUCUUUGCCAACACACUUUUGUUCGACAAUGAAGGUAUGUUCUCAAAAAAGCUUUUUUUAGCUUUUUGUAGUAAAUGUCCUGUGGGCAGAAGCUACUUUGUUGCAAUAUGUAUUUGGGGGAGUGAGGGUGGAAAGUAGCUUUUGGAGUCAAUAGUCCUUCAUGCAAUGCAUAUGUUCUGCCAUAUGGAUCAUUCAUUGAGCAAAUGGUGCAUUCAAUUUUUAUGUUAAGCAAGGAAAAAGAGGAUAUAUUUUUCUCACAAUUAAGUACUCAUUUGGAUGUUGAUGUAGUUUUCUGUUACUAUUUGAUUAUGAUUCAGUAUUUGAACGAUACACAUUUUAACUAUCAAACUUGUUGUUAUUUAUACCGUUAUUUAUGUCUAUAUCUUUUGAUAUCUAUAUAUUCACAAUUUAAUGUAAAAAAGUCGUUUUUUAGUGUAGUUUACAGAUUUUCAGGUUUCUAUUUAUAAUACUGUGGAUAAUACUAAAAUGAUUUAUAAUUAAUAUGAUACAGCAAACACCUGCUAAUAAGAAUGUGUGGCUAAAGAAUCUCUUGGCAGAAAUUUGGCACUUUAAUUCCCAAAAAUAUAAGAACCUGUUUAGCCAAGCAAGCAGGUUUUUUAAUAUAUGUGGGUAACAGGUAAAUUGAGAUAAAUAUUUUAACCAAGGAGUGUGACUUUGAGAUUGCCAAUUGGUAUUACAAGAAGAUACUGCACCAAACUGUAAUUACAAAUUGAAGCAUUACUGUAAUUCCUACCACGAAAAAAUGUUUACAUAUAAAGUACAGAUUGUAAUUGUCUUCAUGGACCUUGCAUAAAAGAAGGUUUGCAAUGUACAGUUGUGAACAAAUACUGUAUAUUUAUUUAUUUGGUAGUCAAUAACUGCAUCUCCUUCACAGAAGUUAAGAACCUAACUACGAACGUACUUAGCCUGAAUUGCCAAUAAAUCUCCCAAAAUAAAAGAACCUUUUUUGCCAGACCACAAAAAUUGUAGGUUCUUAUUAGCGUGUGUUUACUGUAUAAUCAUAGUAUUAAUAUACUCAGUCUGCUAUAAUUUAGUUAGGUCAGGUUAUGUCAGCUUCAGCUGCCUUCCUUCAUCCUGUGUUACCAAAUAUAGUUUUAUAUGUUGUGUAGCACUUUGUCUCCAGUAUUUUUUUAAUGUAUCUCUGCUGAACAAUGCUAGGUCGUUUUGCUGGUUUUGACGAGAAUGAGCCAACAUCAGAUUCUGGUGGAAAGACACGUGUUGUGGAACUUUUGAAAGCCAGAUAUGGCUACAAAAAGUAAGACUACAGUUAAUGCAGAUCAGUUUCUUUUUCACUUAUCUGUUAUAUUACACUGUAAUAUUUUUCUUUUUGCUUAUCUGUUAAACUAUUACAUUUAAGAAUAUAAAAGAAAACAUAGCAAGUGUUAAUAAAAUGUGCAACCUGGCUGUCAGUGCUAUGGAUUUGUAAAACGGAUCAUUCAAAUGGAAACUUUAUUACUCAACAGUACUGUACCAUUACAAUGGAUUUCCCAAAGUAUUUUCUAGUGAAAACUUUCGAAAUGGCUUUGUCCGCCAACUUGUGCAGAGUGAAGAGAUCUUUCAAACCAUACCGGAAAUGAGCAGAAUUCAGUCAAGGACACCGGAGAAAAAGGCAAAAAAACAUGUAACAUUGACUGACCCUAAUCUUGUCCCAUUACCCACCUACCUUUUCUUUCAUCUAAUCCCAAGAUCGUAACAGCUUUCUUAAAAACGUUUCCCACCAAAAUGAAGCCUACUAAGGGCCCAGAAAGAGAAAAAAAAUGAGGCAAGAAAAGCGAAAAAAGAGGGGAGGAUAGAAAGAGACAAGUAAAAGUCAAGACUGCUUUGUGAUCUCGAAAUUUUGUUUUCUGCGCAUGCGCGAACUUCGCACCUCAUAUUUUGCAUCUGGAUCAGAAGUCCGCGAAGUGUAUGACCUGUAGACGGCUUUUUGGUAAGUUUUAGCUCAUUACAGUACAACAGUGACCAGAAAACCGCUCGACUAGCUUCAAAACGUGGGUAUUAUGUAAGUCAUUCUUGGCUUUGAAACAGAACUAGGGAAAGCCUAAGAAAUUAUUAUUAUUAUUAUUAUUAUUAUUAUUAUUAUUAUUAUUAUUAUUAUUAUUAUUAAGGAAUACAUGUAGGAGUUAUAGUCACUCUGUGACCAGUACAUUGGAUAUUUUUAUGCUUUUUAGCUUGGUCAUGAUUGGUGAUGGAGCCACAGAUCUGGAGACAUACCCAACGGCAGUGAGUAUUGUUAUAAUCUCUCAAGUGAAAAACAUUAUUUUAGAAAACUUCCUUAUAAACGUGCUAAGCAAAACUUUGGGUGUGUCUUAUUUUAGAAUGAGAAAAAAUGGACAUGCUUUAGAAUCCCGAUUUUCUGUAACCUUCUUGGUUUCUUGUGCUUCCUCUGACUUUCAUUUCAGUCCCUAUUCGGCACUAUAAUUUACAGUCAAACCAGGUGAAGCGUUCCCGUCGCUAACGAACCAAUAAAUUCAUUAACGGAAAAAUGAUUUCGUUUGUUGAUUCAAUAAUCAAUUCAUAAUAUGAACAAUCCAGUAUUCAUAUUUAGCCUCGAUUCCAUAAUCGAAUGAUUCGAUUACUGUUUUUUGAAAAAACUACACUUUUUUUUCUUAUUUUUUUCCAAACCCAAACAAACUGUUACAUGUACGCCCGUUUUGCUUCCAGUAAUCAGUGCAACGGACCUGACCUCUUAGAAAACACGAUAGUCAAACUGAGGUCAGUGUAUGUGCGGUGAUUGGUGGAUUUCGAUCCCCGGCCUUUGUCAGUUUCUUUGCGUUUGCGGUCUGUCGAUCUCUUCUAGCUGUUAUUUUGAUUAAAGGCAAUGAAAAACGCAAUCGUAAACGGCAGGAAAAGGGAAGCAAAUACGAUUGAACACAACAGACAAGAAUAAAGAACAGGUAGAUUUUGUUCAUAAACCAAAUCAACAUUUAAUUAUUGAAUGGAGUUGCAAUUUGACUGGUGGAUUAUUCAUUUUAUGAAUGGAUUAUUGAAUCAACAAACAAAAUCAUUUUUCCAUCAAUGAAUUCAUUAGUUUGCUAGCGACGGGAACGCUUGACCUGGUUUGACUGUAAUUUCCAAUUUUCCAAGCCUGUCCUGCCCCUUAAUAAAACCCAUGGUCCUUGGCUCUCGAUACUCUAUUAGAUAUAGAACGGGACAGUCUUUUGAUAAUCGCCACCUCGCUCGUCCGAUUAACACUUAGCGAAUUCAGUCAGUGCUUUUUUGUAACCUUUAUAGGAUAUGUUUAUUGGCUUUGGAGGAAAUGUUGUACGGGAAAAAGUGAGAACGCAAGCCCCGUGGUUUGUUACUGACUUUAAAGAACUUUUGCAAGAACUCCAGCCAUCCCAUGCUGUAAAUGGAAAGGAAGUUCAAAUGAAUGGACUGAACGGAAGGGAAAGACUCUUAAAUGGCUUAAAUGAAAGUGAAGUUCCCAUUAGUUCAGUGAAUGGAACAGAAACGCAUAUUAACGGAACUAGAUACUAGAAACCUAAGCCUGUACUCGUACGCUGACAUUUCAAGAUUACCUUGCUUUGCAAGAAUACUUUCAAUACAUUUUACCACGUUGAUAUUCUAAUUAUUUAUUUAGUGAUGAAAAUCUGUUAGCGAUACAGCACUUGCUAUUGUAAUUCCACUGUCUUACCUACAUGUAGCUAAAUUAGGAAAUUUCUAGAUUGCGGAUUAAGUUAAAUUAUUAAUUUUUUUAAAUUUAGUGACUGCAUGUAUUUGAAGUGAAAAAUGACUUUUUAUCAACAUCGAUUCUACAUGGGAAUAUUAAGUUAUUGUACAAAACACUUGUACUUUUAUUGUUAUAUGCUAAAGUUUUAUCACUGUUGAUAAUUUAGUAAAUAAAACAGAGCAUAUUUAGUAACUAAGUAAGCUGUAAUUACUAUCUAUACUUCUUGCAUCGAAAAAUAUGAAGAAAAUUCUUAAACAGCUUGUAUGUGGUUGCAAGCGACAAAAUUCGAUAUUUAUUUUAAUACAGAGUUUUGUUUCAGUUACAAUGAACGUGAAAACUGCAAAAAUUAAUUUACAGCUAUGCUGGUCUAUAAGUAUACGUGAUUUAUGAGGUUAUGUGGUGACCCUUUCAUUUCCUUCCCUGAUAAUAGAAAGUAGAGAGCUUUAGAUUCUAAGACGAGGACGACUGUACUACCAGAACUAGAUUUUCUCAAGACCAUGUGCGCACGUGAACCAGCGUCAUUUUGGCGGGAAAACGUAAUAGCCGUCGUCAUUCAACUCCGAGUUUUUGCGAAUAUGGCGUAAUGACGGAAAGUUAGUAAAUGAUA